AUGGCGAACGUCGUUGUCGACGAGGCGCAUGUUGAAGCAGACGGCAACCGUGCACCCGAGGUUGUGCGCGAAGGCGAAGACGCCGAGACAGCGGGUUGCCAGGCGGGCAGCUCCACGGACGAUGCAACGAAGAGCCUCCGUUCGGGACCGCGGGACUCGUGCGAACGCGCAGACACCCCCUGCACCGCGCCUCGCCGGCAGCCCCCCCGGGCGUGGCUGCGCCUCCGGAGCGGCUACGACGCGGUGCGGAGGACCAAGCACGGCCCUGCGCAGAUCCGCAUGGCCUCCUGGCUGCUCGUCACGACGUUAUACUUCCUCGUUGUUCGAGGAAUCAGCAUGGGGGGGUUCCCCUACGACGGCGAGGACGUGUGGGCGCACGGCGCGACGUUCGAGGCCCUCACGGCGCUGCUGCGCUACGCCUUCAUCCUCGCUGUGCUGACAGGGGUCACCGCGGACCGCCGGUGGCGGUUCGUGGUCGUGCAACGCUGGUGGGUAACGCUGCCGACGUUCGUCCUGACGGGCGCGGCGGCGAGCCUGCUGAGCAACAUCGAGGCGCUGCAGCACUCCGUCGCGGAUUUCGCGCAGUGGAGCGCCGCGAUGGCGGCGUUGUUCUCGGUGCUUGCCGCGGCUGUGGUCGGGGUGCUGGGCUACCACCUGCGCGUGUCGUGGGUCCAGAAGCGGCCGCGCGCGGAGUUCUGGGUCUACGUGGCGCGCAACGCCGCGAUCUGCUUGUACUACGCCUUCACGACCGCCAUGCUGUCAGGGGCCGACGGGUCAGUGCACAGCCACUAUCACCACUACCUCCUCGCGUUCCUCCUCGGCGUCUGGUGCGACCUGGACACGACGCCGUCCGCGACGACGCUGGCGGCGUGCCUGUCCCUGCUGGCCCAGGGCAUCGCGGCGUACGGCCCGGACGAGGCCCUCACGGAUGACGCACCAGCGUCGACGUCCUGCACGUUCUUCGGCGGCCCCGCCCCCGCGUGGGCGAACGGCACGGCGAUCGAGGUCCGCGCGCCGCCGUCCUGGGCGGAGCUCGGCAGGUACAACGUCACGCUCGCCGGGUGCGUGUUCCCGUCGUGGGGCGUCGAGGCCAACGCAUCGGCGAUCCUGCACGCGAACAACUCGGCCAUCGUGUCGCUAUAA